AUGGAAGCAUACGCUCCCUACGCCCAGGCAGUCGCCAGACAAGGAUUCUGUGCGGCAAUCCUAGAGACCAACACUAACCCAGGGAUUGUGGUCUCGCUUAUGUUAACCAAACCCACUUUCAAGUACUGGGGUUUUGUGGGUCACGGAGAUGGGGGCGUGUUAGCUGCAGACCUGGCUUAUGUCCUGCAGCCCAAGGUUACGUUCAUAACCCUGCUCGCAGCGCCCAUAACCACGAACUUGUCCGCCCUUAACCUGGUAGUUGUGGCGGGUUAUACCGCCGCAGACGAGACCUUCAACUCGACAGCUGUCCAAGAUUCUAUCAGCAAGCUUCCGAGCGACGCUCUAGUUGUGAGCUAUUCGAAUCUGGGUCACUUCGACUUCGCAGACAGCAGUUGUAGUAGUAACUCGACGGUUGACAGCGGAACCCCUUCGCUAACCGACCUGGUUUCGCUGUCGUUAAACCGUGCAAUCUGGCCGCAAGCGACGACCAACAGCUUGUCUUACUCGAACAAAACCUUCCUCACACCCGGAAGCAACUCUUCCAAACCCUAUCCGAAUAACGCAACCUACACCGUAACCUUCUCGGCCGUUCCAAUUCCGUCCACAGCUCCCCAGCGUUUCUGGUACGUAUUCACACCCACGCCCAUAGCCGGAAGCGCCAACGCCGUCAAAGCGGGGAUAGCUUAUUACACCGGGACAUCCGUGGAUACAAAAGCUUAUUUCCAGAUCGCUUUCGAGAUGGCGGCGUAUGGCUAUGUGGUCGUUUUGAUCGAGAACCCUUUGAGGGCCGCCGUUUUCUUCGACCUUGACGCGGCUGGUCAGCUGAUCAACUCCACUAACCCAGCUUUUAACCCAGUGCCGAAAGGCGCAUGGGUCGUUGGGGGCCACUCCGCAGGGGCUGUUGCGGCCUCACUUUACGCCUUCGAGUACCCCGCCACUGUGCGCGCGCUCGUAAUGCACGCCGGGACUUUUCUACCGGGCACCAGCUUCGCCAACUCGAGCCUUCCGGUGCUCGGAGUUGUCGGGCAGCUCGACGGGACGCUUACCGUGAGCCUGGAAGAGGACGAGCGCUCCUUCUACGCGGACAGUACCAACAGCUCUGUGUCUAAGUUCGUGGUCGUGCCUGGGGCGAACCACGGUGGCACCGGGGACUACGGCCCCCAGCCUGGCGACAACUUUGCGACGAUCUCAGGUGACGAGCAGAAGCGCACCUUCGCCGCUGUGACGGCCGCGUUUUUGGAUCCGAUCUUUACCUAG